UCCUUCCUCCGGAAAGCGGAAGCGGAAGUGACGCUGGGACAGGUGGGGGCAAUCAUGGUGCCGCUGGGGAGGGGAGAAGCUGCCGCUGCCGCCGUUGCCGGGAGCCGCGGAGAAAGGCCAUUACCUUUUCAUUUCUCACAAUUGGGCUGAGCGCAAGCAAACCAUGGGGGAGCACAGUCCAGACGACAACAUCAUCUUCUUUAAGGGAGAGGAGGAUGACCUAACCCCGCAUGACAAGAUGCUCAGGUUUGUGGAUGACAACGGACUGGUGCCUUCCUCUUCUGGAACUGUUUAUGAUAGGACCACUGUUCUUAUAGAACAGGACCCUGGCACUUUGGAGGAUGAUGAAGACGAUGGACAGUGUGGAGAACACUUGCCUUUUCUGGUGGAAGGUGAAGAGGGCUUCCUAAUAGAUCAGGAAGCAAUGUCCCAGGGUUACGUACAACACAUUAUCUCACCAGAUCAGAUUCAUUUGACUAUAAACCCUGGUUCCACGCCCAUGCCAAGAAACAUUGAAGGUGCGACUCUUACUCUGCAGUCGGAAUGUCCAGAAACGAAACGGAAAGAAGUGAAGCGGUACCAAUGCACCUUUGAGGGAUGCCCUCGUACCUACAGCACAGCAGGCAACCUGCGCACCCACCAGAAGACUCACCGAGGAGAGUACACCUUCGUCUGUAAUCAGGAGGGCUGCGGCAAGGCCUUCCUCACCUCCUACAGCCUCAGGAUCCAUGUGCGAGUGCACACAAAGGAGAAGCCAUUUGAGUGUGACGUGCAGGGGUGUGAGAAGGCGUUCAACACACUGUACAGGUUGAAAGCACAUCAGAGGCUUCACACAGGGAAAACGUUUAACUGUGAAUCUCAAGGCUGCAGCAAAUACUUCACCACACUCAGUGAUCUGCGGAAGCACAUUCGAACCCAUACAGGAGAAAAGCCAUUUCGAUGUGAUCACGACGGCUGUGGGAAAGCGUUCGCAGCAAGCCACCACCUUAAAACUCACGUCCGGACGCACACUGGUGAAAGACCCUUCUUCUGCCCCAGUAACGGCUGUGAGAAGACAUUUAGCACUCAGUACAGUCUCAAAAGUCACAUGAAAGGUCACGACAACAAAGGCACCGCAUAUAGUGCACUUCCACAGCACAAUGGAUCAGAGGAUACAAAUCACUCACUUUAUCUGAGUGAGUUGGGCCUUCUGUCCACGGAUUCUGAAUUGCAAGAAAAUUCCAGCUCAACACAGGACCAGGACCUCAGCACAAUUUCACCAGCAAUCAUCUUUGAAUCAAUGUUCCAGAAUUCCGACGACCCCGCGAUUCAGGACGACCCUCUGCAGACAGCUGCCUUGAUUGACAGUUUUAAUGGCGAUGCAGAGUCCGUCAGUGACGUCCCACCGCCUGCAGGAAAUCCAGCGUCUUUAUCUCUUCCCCUGGUACUGCAGCCUGGCAUCUCCGAGCCACCCCAGCCUCUGCUGCCAGCCACCACUCCGUCCGCUCCUCCAGCUGCUCCCUCCCUAGGACCUGGUUCCCAGACAGCUGCAUUCGGCAGCCCCCCUGCUCUCUUACAACCUCCAGAAGUGCCUGCUCCCCACAGCACACAGUUUGCUGCUAAUCAUCAAGAGUUUCUUCCACACCCCCAGGCCCCACCCCAGAGCAUCGUACCAGGACUCUCUGUUGUUGCUGGGGCUCCUCCAUCGGCAGCAACAGUGGCAUCAGCCGUGGCAGCACCAGCCCCACCACAAAGUACUACUGAGCCCCUGCCUGCUGUGGUCCAGACUCUGCCCCUGGGUGCCAACUCUGUCCUAACUAAUAAUCCCACCAUAACCAUCACCCCAACUCCUAACACGGCCAUCCUGCAGUCCAGCCUAGUCAUGGGAGAGCAGAACUUACAGUGGAUAUUGAAUGGUGCCACCAGUUCACCACAAAACCAAGAACAAAUUCAAGCAUCGAAAGUGGAGCAGGUGUACUUCACCACCGCAGUCCCAGUGGCCAGUAGCACAGGGAGCUCUGUUCAGCAGAUUGGCCUCAGUGUUCCUGUGAUCAUCAUCAAACAAGAGGAGGCCUGUCAGUGUCAGUGUGCGUGCCGGGACUCUGCGAAGGAGCGGGCGGCCGGCCGGAGGAAGGGCUGCUCCUCCCCACCCCCUCCAGAGCCGAACCCCCAGCCUCCCGAUGGGCCCAGUCUGCAACUGCCACCCUAGACUUCUCCCUCAUCCCUGCCCUCCCCCAUCCUCCUCCGCUGGACCCUCUUCCUGUGAGCAAAGCAGACAGGCUGAGGCUCCUCAGACCCUCCGAAUGUUAAGUGCCAUGGAUGUGUCAGAGUUCCUGUCCCUCCAGAGCCUGGACCCCCGUCCGGGCCGGUUCACAGUGAAGCACUACUGCAGGGGUAGAGGACCGAGCCUGGCCAGCAGCUUCUCCAGGGCAGGGGCACAGCUGUGCGCACACCCCUCCGGGAGCAGGGUGAGCAGGAAGUCCCGUCCCGUACCGUACCGGGUGUGAUGCUGCCAUCAUGGGGUCAGAAAUGGGAAGGAUGAAGAAAUCUGCCGUCUGAAAGCCUCACCUUUCAGAUGGAUUUUCUUUACUCAGAUCCCAGGAACAUCCAUUUUAAGGAACUGAUCUUUGGAGGAAAAAACAAAAAACAAAAAAACAAAAAAAGAAAAAAAAAAGAAAAAAAAGCUAAGUUAUAAGUGAACUGUCUGGCUGCACUGUAUGUCACUUUUGCUUAUUGUUAUGUGAACUUGGAAAUUAAGGUUACUUGUAUGCAUAAAAGUUCUAAAUGAAAGGGUGUGGUUUCCAUCAAUUUGGUACUGCCCAUCACUUGCACUGGGGUCACUGUGGAUUGGGCAGGAGAGUUCACAGUGCUGGGUGCCUGUCCUCUUCUGUGGCUUUGUGAUCUGAGGCAGCACCUGGAGGCAGACCACCGCUCUGUGAAAGCGGGUGGUGGCACGGGCAGGUGAGAGACGUGAGGUAGACAGGGUGAGUUGCUUUGUUGUUGUUGGCGCUUGGUUUCUGUGGAGCUUGGAGUAGAUGCAGAGGGGCCUGCCCUGCAUCCUGCUCAGUCCUAGCAGGUAGCUGCAGGCCUCAGGGCCUCAGUGAAGCCGUGGUUCUACAGGGCCCUGAGGCAGCUGUUGACAGAUGUUGAUAAUGUGCUGGAGUUUAGAGCUGUCUCUAGCACAGCCCUGGCCUGCCUUCUUGGCUCUUUCCAGUCUUCAGUGCUUGUCAGUGCUUGAGUCAUGGAGUUCUUCUCUCCUAAGGAAACGCCCUAUUUUAUCCUAAAGUGAACGAGAGGCUUAUGGCCGGUGGCUGCCAGGGUCUUCCUGCCAUCAAUAAUGUUUGUUUCCUCAGAGCAGAAGGGCUGCUUUUCCAGAGAAGGUACAGAUCUACGGGGUUGGCUGAGGCAGCAGGUGGCCGGCGGCAGACCUUCUGGAGCCCAGUCCUAGCCAGGCUUCUGUCAUCCUUUCCCAUCUGCUUCUCUCAAGGCGCUUAGAUUUGCAUACAGCCUCAUACAGUGCAAAGGAGGAUGUGGUCUAUAAACAAAAAGGAAUAAAAACCUAAAAUGAUAUUCUACUCAGGGUAAAACAAAAAAAAAAUUUCCCUUCCACCAAAAAGCCUGAAGCUUGCAGUCAGUUUACCUCAUUUGGAAUGUUUCGUUGUGUUACAGGAUUUUUUUUUUUAUUAGUAUAUAGAAUUAUACCCGUCUCCCUGCCUGUGGCUCCAGGUUAUUGCCUCUUCAAACUUAAGUACAAUCGGUAGGAGAAAGGGGGUGUGGCUGUCCUUUGGCUAUUUACUGUGGUCAUCAGUACUUGGUAAGCUCAAGGUAGCUGGGUCUGGGGACUGGAGGGGCCCCAAGGAGCAGGGUCUGCUGCCCUCCUGCAGUCUGGGCCUUUCCUCAGAGCCAGCUAGGAUGGUGACCCUUGUCUUCAGGCAAGAUAUUUAGGGACAGUUGGCUAAGACGGUCAUGGCAGCAGUUCUGAGGAGAAAUGGCACAAGUAGAAGCAACAGAUCUCCCAUCCCAGGACUGGACCAGGAAUGUGAAUUUCUGAUGUUCUACACCCCCCCACACCCAAAAAAAAGGUUGAUGGGUUUGGACAACCAUAGACCUGGGCAGAAAUCUGCAAGGUGGGAAGAGCCCUCUGUUGGCACAGUUGUUAGUCCUUCUGGGGAGCCAGCUGCUUGGGUGUAGGCUGUCCUGGGCCGUCUCUCUUUAUAACCUCUGAGGAGAGCAGUGAAUGGGACCCCAAAGUGAGCUUGUAUCAAGGGGUAGUAAUGGCCCUCCCUCUUACUCUGCCUAUGAUGAGCGGGAGUCUGGUUUGCUGGGAGCUGACAAAGGAAACAGGAGCCUAGGAAGGAUGUGUGGAAGGUUUUGAUGGUUUAACUAUGGCUUCUUGGUUAGCUAGGGCUGCACUCUUAAUGGUCUAUUCCUAGGUCCUUGGCUUUUUGCCCUCCACAGUUAGAGCAGUGAGGAAACAUGUGAGCAGUGUUGAGGCUGAAGUGUUUAGAGGUAAAGGAGUUAAGUGAUUUUAGAACACAAGAGACUCUCGGAUCCAAAGAGCUUUUGGAAAGUGAGGUCUUUGCUUGCUGUCAGUGGCUGUGGAGAGCCAGUGUGUGAAACAGGGGAGACUGACACUUCUGCCAUUCUGUACCAUUGGCCCUUCCCCCAUCCUUCCACAAGGCCAGCCUCUAAUGCCAAGGACCUUGGAGAAGAGCCUCCUGGCUAAACUAGAGCCAGAAAGACCCUUCAUGGACAGAGCAGUUUCUCCAGGGAGUGACCUUAGGGUAAGGCCAAGGAAAGUGAAUCCCGGCGGGUCGAUUAAGCCCUUCCUUCCGCCUUCCACGACAGCCAUCCCCACUGUCACCCUGUAGACCAGACUUGGGUUACCACUAGCAUCUCCAGUAUAGCUCUUCCAAGAGACGAGUUGGCAGCGGGGCUGGUGGACCUAGGAGGUGGUCAGGUAUUCUUGGUCCCACCAUAUUGCCUUAUAAGUGUGGUCCUUCCCGAGCAGGAGAGUAAGGCUGAGGGAAGACAGCUCAGUGUCCCUGACAGAGUCUGACCAACCUCAAGGGGCAGCACUAGUGUGGCCACAGGAGUACUGUCAUUUAUUGACUUACUCCCGUUCAAGAGAUGAUGGUACAAUGCCAAGGAGAGGCCCUGAGAUGUGGAGCACCCUCUGGGCAGAAGGCAGCCGGGCUUCCCUUCCCUUUCAGAGUCAGUAGAUGGGAAAAGGUUGUUUUCCGGGUCAAGGCAGUGGGCUGAUGGGGUAAUGGAGGUGCCUGAGGUUUUCCUGAGGCUUUGUAUGAUGCUGAAUGUGUCCAGAGGGACAAAUUUGCAGAACCUCAUAUUGAUAUUUUAAAGAAAUAAUAAAAAGCACUUUAGGUUACUUUAUCUUUAACCCAAUUGCUGCAAUUUCUGUUGUGUAUGUAUAUAUACAUAUAUAUACUUUCCACAAAGUUUUAUUUUUUGCUCAGAAUAAAAGUUGAGGUGUAAAAAGAAGAGCACUUACUUGGGUGCAAUAUAUGCGUAGCUUGACAGUGGCUAUCCCCGCGUGGCGGCCUGGCCUGCCUCUCCAUCAGCCCCAGGCUGAAGCUGGCCAGAGGGAACCACUAUUGGCAUCUCAGCAGCUGCUCAAUCUAUGCAAGCCUUCCCGUGUGCCGGGGCGCCCCCCUCAGGCCCUCCGCGGAACUGCUGCAGCUGUUUGCUGACUGUCGAGGCAGGCAGGCCCCUUUUCAUAGCUUCUUGGUUCCCGUUCUCUUUGCCCUCUCCCCCAGGACAAAAUGAUUCCUGAAAGGAAGGGUUGGUUGUUCCUAGGUAGAAACCUGGCACCUUUAGAAUUUCAUAUUUUCUAAUCACAUCUAUUGAAGCGAAAGGCUUCUUCAGUGUCACUAAGACUUGAUUUGUGGAACUGCACUACUAUUGGGCAUUUACAGCUUUUUCACACUCCCAAUCAGAAAUAUGUUGGAAGGCUCUGCACCACCUCUGUUGGUUCAAAAGCAGAAUGACUUCCAUGCUUCAUCAAAUCUGUUUACAAAGCCCUAUAACCUCCCUCACCAGCUCCCACUUACCCUUAAAUUCCCAACUGUAGAGGCAUUUUAAAUAUACUUCAGCCAAAGCAAGAUUUUCACAGCUGAAGUUUGUAGGUGGUUUUGCUACGACAUAUGGGAAAUUGUCCAUCUCUUAUAUGAAGUAGAAGGGGAUGAGCCACAAAACUAUCAUACGUAUUUCUGAUUGGUCUGUCUGGUCUGUUUCUUGCAUAUUCUUGGGGCAAAGAUAAAGGGGUCUGGCUUAUGCUCCUAUUCUUGGGGAGGCUGGUCACUGGCCUGGGCACUUCUCACUGUUCAGGCGGUAUGUGGGCUUCUCAGUCCGAAUUGAAAAUGCAAGUUAAAUUGAAUCUGUCAAGUUAUAUUAUAGUACAGCCUUUUUGUAGAACUGGUGUUUUAAAAACCAUACACUGCUCCUUGGAUGGUGGCCUACUGGGACAAAAAUAGGUGAUAAUGUCAUGUCACUUUCUCAAUUCAAUGCAAUUUCUACUUUUUUGUUUUGUUUUUAAAGGAAAUGUUUUCAUAAACUUUUUUCCACCAAAAUGUAGGGUGUUUAUUGCAGUGUCCCCAUGUCCCUUGAGGUGCUGAGUCGGGGCUUGCCCGCCCGCGCCUCGGGUGUCCUCAGGCUUCCCAAGGGCUGUUUGAGUCAAGUCUGCAUCUUUUGUGCUCUGGAGAAAAUGUCACUAAGGUUGGAGUUCCUGGCAGCUCUUCCCUCUUCCUGCGAACUACCUCUUGUCGCAGUUUGAGGAAAGUGGCUGGAAAACAGGCUUUUCCGGUUGUCUGGCUUAGAUCUAGCCAGAAAAGGCCACAAACUCUUCUCUUUUCUAACACAAACUAAUCAUUGGCCAGUGGUCUUGGUGACAAGUUUUUAGUCCCAAAUAGUUUUAUUUGAAUUAUGUAAAAGUAUCAAAUUUAUUUUAAAUGUAAAACAUGGGAACAACGGACUUCCACUGAGCGAUAUGAAAACGUUACAGGUUCAGUACUUCCAAAGGAAGAAACCUCCAACCCUCAAAAAGAAUAAAUACGAAUUUGUAUUUUUGAAGAAUGUGAAAUAAUGGUGUUUGCUUAAUUGCUCAUUUUGUAUAAACUUAAUAUUGUACUUUAAAAUAUCUGCUAUGAAGUGAAAAUUUAACUUUUUGGAAUUGAAAAAGCAAUAUUAAAUACUAAUGAACUUAAUUAAAUGCUUAUUUAAA